UGUUAGGCCCACUCUUCCUAAGCGGGAGAAAAUUAUUAGUCCGGCGCUCAGCACGUACGGAUGUUCACUCCGGGACUGAAGGGAACAACCACACAUACACCGAGCAUCCAACUGAAUAUAUCGGGGGAAAGAAGCAACUGGGAGUGUUAGCUGGCCCGUUGCCAUGGAGGGUGAGGCUGUUUCCAUGGAGUCCAAUGCUGCACUGGGUCCUGAAGGAAAGGUCCUGCCAGAGGGUGGAGAUGCUUUGUUACAAGGGGCAGCCAUAGCUGGGGAGGUGGCUGAUAACAUGGAUAUGAUGGUGAUGGGCGCCCUGGAUCCCACUCUGCUGCAAAUGAAGACAGAGGUGCUGGAUGGCGGCGGCACGGUGACUGUUACUGGUGGAGACGAGGGUCAGAUCAUCACGCUACAGGUGGUGAAUAUGGAGGAGCAGGCAGGAGCUGCAUUAGGUCUUGGUCACCUUCAGCUAGUGCAGGUACCCGUCACAACUGUAGAGGGGCUCCAUGCCACCUUUGUUGAUGUAUCAACCGCUAACAAGGACACAGAGCCGGUUAUCUGCCACACUCUUCCCUUGCCCGAGGGCUUCCAGGUUGUAAAAGUGGGAGCCAAUGGUGAGGUGGAGACUGUAGAGCAGGAGGAACUCCAAGCAGCCCACGAUGAACUUCAAGGGGCAAGGGGAGAGGAAGAGGAGGAGGAAGAAGAGCCGGCCGAAAUAGAAACCACUGUGUCUCUGCAAGACGACCCAGAAUGGACCAAGGACCCAGACUACCAGCCCAUUUCUGGUCUCCGUAGUAAAGGGAAGAAAGGAAAGAAGAGCCGUCUGCGCUACGGGGAGGGCGAUCGUGACAUGGAUGUUUCUGUGUACGACUUUGAGGAAGAGCAGCAGGAGGGGAUGCUUUCAGAAGUGAAUGCAGAGAAGGUUGUGGGCAACAUGAAGCCACCAAAGCCAACCAAGAUCAAGAAGAAAGGUGUAAAGAAGACUUUCCAGUGCGAGUUGUGUAGCUACACCUGUCCAAGGCGCUCCAACCUGGACAGACACAUGAAGAGCCAUACAGAUGAGAGACCACAUAAAUGUCAUUUGUGUGGACGGGCCUUCCGAACAGUCACACUGCUGAGAAACCAUCUCAAUACACACACAGGCACUCGGCCACAUAAAUGCACAGAUUGCGACAUGGCAUUUGUGACCAGCGGUGAGCUAGUGCGUCAUCGUCGCUACAAACACACUCACGAGAAGCCCUUCAAGUGCUCCAUGUGUGACUAUUGCAGCGUGGAGGUGAGUAAGUUGAAAAGGCACAUCCGCUCUCAUACAGGGGAGCGGCCCUUCCAGUGCAGUCUGUGCAGCUAUGCUAGCAGAGACACUUACAAGCUGAAAAGACACAUGAGGACACAUUCAGGUGAAAAGCCGUACGAGUGCUACAUAUGCCAUGCCCGUUUCACACAGAGCGGCACCAUGAAGAUGCACAUUCUGCAGAAACACACGGAGAACGUGGCCAAGUUCCACUGCCCACACUGUGAUACUGUCAUCGCACGCAAGAGCGACCUUGGUGUUCACUUGCGGAAGCAGCACUCAUUUAUUGAGAAGGGAAAGAAAUGCCGUUACUGUGAUGCUGUGUUUCAUGAGAGAUACGCUCUCAUCCAGCACCAGAAGACUCACAAGAAUGAGAAACGCUUCAAGUGUGAACAGUGUGACUACUGCUGCAGACAGGAACGCCACAUGGUAAUGCACAAGCGUACACACACAGGGGAGAAGCCGUUUGCCUGCAGCCAGUGUGAGAAGACAUUUAGGCAAAAGCAGCUUCUGGACAUGCACUUCAAGCGCUACCACGAUCCAAACUUUGUCCCCACUGCCUUCGUCUGCAGCAAGUGCAACAAGACGUUCACCCGCCGGAACACCAUGCUGCGUCACACUGAAAACUGUACAGGUGAAGUUGAUGAUGAGGAAGAAGAAAAUGGAACUCCUGCACCCAAAAAGGCUCGUCGGGGCAGGAAGCGAAAGAUGCAGGCCAGGCGGGACGAAGAAGACACAGAGGAUGAACUGGAUGAAAUAGAGGAGGAAGAGGAGCUAAGUGAGCUUGAGGUGGAACAGGCCCCACCAGUCGUCCCUAUCCCAGCCCCUGUGGAGCCCCCAGUCAAGAGGAAACGUGGACGACCACCAAAGAGCAAACCAGACAUAGGACCAGAAUCUGACAUGAAACUCUUCACAGCGGCUGCUAUCAUCCGUGUGGAGGACGAGGCCACUGGAGAGGUGGAUGACAUAAUUGUGAAGAAGGAGGUUGGAGUGGAUCAAGUUGACCAGGAUGAUGGUAACGAUGGAGCUGUAGAGCAGGUGGUGGUUGGAGGAAAGUCAACCAUCCAGCUGGAAGUGAUGCCCCAGGAAGAGGGAACAUCAGCGGAGGUGCAGCUGGCUGAGCCCCCACCUAACGGAGACCUGACCCCUGAGAUGAUCCUCAGCAUGAUGGACCGGUGAUGGAUGUCGGGGUCGAACCUGUGAACCCACACGGAGCCCUGAUCACGUCUUCAUUUUUUAAUUCUUGGCAUUUAGGAUUACAAACGCUUGCCUCCUGCACAGGAACAAACAUCACUGUUGUAAUUUAAGAUUUGCUUUUUAAUCAUGUAUUGAUAAAGAGUUUGAGUGAAAACAAUAUUUUUAAUAAGGAUUUACCUACCAAAAAAGUACAUGUGGGUUUGGGGUGGCUGUAAUUCACAGCAGUAUCUUAUGCCUUCUAGUUGUUAUGCGUUAGAAAACAGCUAGGCUACAUUAUGUACAUUUCAACGAUCGAUAGUCCGUUAAACAUGUAUUAACACGGUAGAGCAACUCUUUCCUAAAUCUAGACUGCAUGUCAUUUUACAAAAGAUCUGGUGUAACAUUUUUAUCUUUUAUUGUAAGCUCUGUUUUGUUUGUUUUACUUGUUGUACAUCUGUGUGCCAUUGAGUAAAAGUUGUAAGUAGAUAGCAGUGCACCCAUAAUGUGGACUUUGCGCUAAUUUCUUGCCAGUCAAUGUUCAAUAUCUUCACUGAAGAGCUCCAUUUACUCUCAGUUCGGACUAAAAAAACUGCGCUCCACUCAAAUUUAAGACAAAUUGGCUAUUUGGGGUUGACUUUUUAGAGCAAGAGAUCGAAAAGAAAAGAACAUGAUCAAGUUUAAAAUAUUAAAAAAUCCCUGAAAACGUCAUCAAAAAAUGUCAGCUUGCAGAAACCGAGGCGACUUUCAGGUAGCUGAAACUGCCGUUAAUCACAGCCACUCAAGAGUUUUUAAGAAUUUUUAUUUUUCUGUGGUUAGUACUGUUUUCUUUGCCAAUUCCUAGUUUUUAAAAGCUUAAUAGACUGCUUAUCUUAUGCUCCUUUCUUGCUACUGUAACACCCCUAAAUGACUUGUGUGUACUAAGCAUUGUCACUGAUAAGCUUAAGGAAAGAACAUUGUUUUACUCCCUUUUGUAGCCAUUCCACUUUGGGUUGAUGUUUUCCUUUUGUACCGUUGGCAAUGCAAUGCGAUGUAGCAGCUUGAAUUACAUUUUAAUAACGGUGUGGCAGACGAGAACAGAUGUAUGACUGUACAACCAAUAAAAUGAAAUUUAAAAAGUAGACAUUGCGACUGUUAUAGAUUUCUGCAGCUGUAAUCAUAAAUAUUUAAAAUCAGUCUUGUUUUGGAGAAGUUAUCAUGCGUGUUAGUGGUACAGUUACAGACUAAGAAAGUAUGGCUAGAAACAUUGUUUAUCAAAAUUAGCUGAGAAACAACUGAGUGCUAACACACAAAGUGUAUCAGUGUAUUUUGCUUGCAAAUCUAUUUUAUUAAAUGGACGACUUGAUAUCAA